AUGUCUGAUGAUAGUUUACCAUCAGAGCCCUCGGGGUCUAGCCCUAUUGUGGUUCCUAAACAUAACACACUGGCAGCUUCCUCGGACGGAGAGGAUAGCGACUAUCAGGAAGACAUGAGUUCACUGGAGGAAUCUCUGGGUAGUCUGGAGAAUGUGUCGGGGGGGUAUAUGGAUAACGAAGAUUCUCUGGAGGACGAGGACUUUGUGGAAGAGGAGGAGUCUGUGGAGGAGGAGGAGGAGUACCUGGAGGAGGAUGAUUAUCUGGAUGAGAAAACAUUUCUACAGAGAGAAACGUAUCUGUUUAAAGGAGUAUUUGUGGAGGAGAAAACGUAUUUAAAAGAAAAAGAGUUUCAGAAACGUAUGGCAAAGGGUGAGUAUCUGCAGGGAAGAGUGUCUAGAGAAGCACCUGGAAGGGGGAGAGUAUCUACAGGUACUCAGGCAGAAACAGCAAGUGAGAUAGACGGAAAAACCGAGGGCACUCACUGCUCUGUCCAUGGUGCUGACAGAGAGGAUGCCCUCAAGACCAAACUGCUCAGAAUGUCUGCAGCCCGGCCCCUACCUAGAGAGCAUCAGGGAGACUUCAACAAUGUGAAGCGCCUGCCUGACUUGAGCCCAGUUCCCAGUAGUGUUCAAGAAAUCAGUGUCCUACCUGCCACUCCUUCCAGCUCUGACCAUGACCUGAAGUUCGCCACAUCUUCUUACUACAGUUUGACGGGAGUCGGUGUCUCUCUAAGAGACCAGUUCAGUCAGACGGAAUGGCCCUACAAGAGCAAGAUGGGAACGCCUUUAAGAUCAAAAUCCAUGCUAGAUCAAGACUCCUCCAUGCUAACACAUAAGAAAUCUGAUUUGGAAGCCUCGGAGGCCUUCCCUCAAGGUUCCUUUUGGGACACUAUAAUGAAUGGGCCUUUCGACAAGCAAGACGAGGAAAGCUUUGAUUCUCUUCCCAGCGCCUAUCAGUCUAUGUUCAGGGAGAUCCUCAGUGAGCUGGCGUCUCGGCACGAGCUGGACCAGGACUUGGAUAUGCCCCUGAGCAAGCUGCUGGAGGGUGAAAACAGGAAGAAGCUGGGACUCUUGCUGAAGAAAAAUUUUGAAAAAUACAGAGAAACAAUUAUGUGGCUUAUAAACAACUGUGAAGGUCAGAAUAUGCAGGAGGACAGUACCACCACCAUCAAGUACUUCGUAUCAACUCUGCAACAGCCCCAGAAGCCAGAGGCAGAAGAAAUCAGAAGGGGUAGUUCUACUAUCAAGAAGCAGUUAAAGCUAGACGCAGAAUGGAUACAGGCAAAGAUGAAGGUACACCAAGGUGAUGGAAAAAUAAUUACCUACCGCAGUGGGAAUAUUUUCCAUAUUCUUUUUCCUAAUGCCACGGGCCAAAUAUACUACCCAUCAGGGAAUCUGGCUCUGCUUAUCACCUGCAAAGGAGUCUCCAGGGUCACAUACAUUGUUCUGGAAGACUGUGCAGAAAGUAAGAUCCGAGGCUUUGUCACCAACUCUGGCCAUGCCACCUUCUACAAUGAGGACGGAGAGAUCUGGUUGAGCCUGAGCAAACUCCUGGGCUACUACUUCCCCGAAGGUCAGCAUCAGAAGGCGUGGAACUGGUGGAACCUGGGCUUCCACGUGCACGCACCCCCCGUCAUGUGUAUCACGUUGAAACUCAACAAGUACGUCCAUAUACAAAUUAGGAGCCAAGACAAGGUCAUCUUCUUCUUCUUUGCCCCCAAACAGAGGAGGAUUUGCAUAAACAUGGGCACCAGGUUCAAGUUUAUAAACCCGAAACUACUUCAAGCCAUGAAGAAUAAGGAGGUCCUGGAGACCAAGCCCUGCCCAACAUCGUGGAAGAUCCAGGCCCUUCUGGGAAAAAUAAGCAGGGGUCUGAAUUUCCUGAGCCUGUCUGACUUGGAACACUUCAUAGAGGUCGUCCAGGUGGCACUCAGCAACCUCAGUGCAAGGAAAUCUCGAAUCUGGCUUUAG